AUGAGAUCUUCUACCUCACCCUUGAUGUUCCUGGCUCAUGACCAAUGGUCUCCUCGAUUUGAAAACCAUUUCUUCACCGUUCGAAUCAUCGCCGCAGAGUCUCACUCAGUGGCGCCUGAAAGUGCAUCGUUCUCGGUCCCUGGAAAGAAGAAUCAUCCCGCCUAUUACUACACAAUUGAAGUUUCCAUGGGUCACGACCGGAAGAUUGUGUAUAGGCGCUUUAGUCAGUUUUGUUGGUUGCAUAAACAGUUGGCACCUCACUUUGCUGCCACCAACAGCGGCAAUCCAGCACACGACCUUCCACUCGUCAUGCCUCCCAAAACCUGCUUCUUAUUGCCUCAAGACGAAAAGUUUGCCAAAAACCGAAGUGACCAACUCGAGGAGUUUUUGGAGGAUGCACUACAGCGACCUGGUGUUGCAUCCAAUGCAGCUGUGGCGCUCUUUUUCGAGUUGCCAUGA